ACGGCCGGCCCGCCGCUCCUCCCCGCGGAUUGGCGGAGCGGGAGGCGCAUGCGCGCGGUGCCGUGACUGGGCGGAGAGGCGGCGGCGGCGGCUCGAGAUGGCUGAGGUGGAAGAAACACUGAAGCGAAUUCAGAGCCAAAAAGGAGUGCAGGGAAUCAUUGUUGUUAAUUCUGAAGGUAUUCCUAUCAAAAGUACUAUGGACAACUCUACAACGAUUCAGUAUGCGGGCCUCAUGCACAGCUUCAUCAUGAAGGCAAGGAGCACUGUGCGAGACAUUGAUCCCCAGAAUGACCUCACAUUCCUGCGGAUCCGCUCCAAGAAAAAUGAAAUCAUGGUUGCACCAGAUAAAGACUACUUCCUGAUUGUCAUCCAGAACCCAACUGAAUGAUUACGCUGACUUGGUCUGGGGUUUUUUUCCCUUUGCCCAACUGUUUGGUUUUUUUAAUUUAAUGGUAAAGAAUAGAGCAUUAGUGUUAUUUCUGUUGUGCCACUUCAAUAAUGUCUGGAAAAACAAAACCAGGUGGUUUUGUUGUUUACAAACAGAAAAAGUGGCGCUUUUUUUUUUUUUUAUCACAAGUCGUUUCGAGGAGGAGUUGGUGAAUUAGAAUCAGGCAGUAAAAAAUCCAACAGAUUCUUUUAAUAGUUAAGAAGGUAAUAUAAUAAAAUUCUAAUAAU